CUCCGUGACUCAACCUGCUCUCCGUCCAUAUAAUCUCACAGCUUUGGGACUACUGCUGCCAUUUUUCACUGCUGCCUGUUUCCUGCACACACCACAAGCAAAAUGGCAUCCGGAGUAAUAAUCACCGAUGACGUGAAAAACCUGUACGAAGCCAUGAAAGUGGUGAAAGCUGGUGACGAUCUCAACAGCAGAGUAAAAGUGGCAAUACUCCUCAUCAAAGAUAGCAAAGAAAUUGUUGUGGGUGACACUUAUACUCAUCAAGACUUAGAAGCCAAGCCUGGCUUCACCAUCCUCACCGAGCAGAUGGACAAAAUGGAGUGCUUCUACGCACUGUAUGACUGCAGCUUUGAAACCAAGGACGGAGUUCACAAAGAGGACCUGGUCUUGUUGAUGUGGACCAGCGAUGGUGCACACAUCAAAAAGAAAAUGCUAUACGCCAGCUCGAAAGGGAAUCUGAAGAUGGCUUUGAAGGGUAUCAAACAUGAUUUGCAGAUAAACGAUCGCAGUGACUGGAGCAAGCAGGCAGUUGCAGCGAAAAUGUCAGAGAAACACUCAUGGGUAGUAGCCAAGAUCGAGGGCAUGGAUGUCUGAAUGUUGCAGUCAAACCAGUAAACAAACCAUCUUUCCCCACGUUUCAUAACAAGGUAAAAAUUAAAGGACUUUGAGGAGAUAAUGGCAAUGGCUUCAAAUUGACUUAGUUGUUUUUUUUUAAAAAUUUGUCUAAAUUUACAAAAGGGAAAGUCUAGGCUCUGACUGGUAUAAGUUUUCUGGUACACAAACCUCUGAUGUCUUUGCCUUGCUUAACAGUCCAGUUACGCAAGUUUGGCUGGGAAAUCAGUCUUGUUCAGAUGUAAUUUUAUUCAUUUUUAUUGAACAUACAGUAAUGAUUAUGAUUAUCUGUUACAUCUUGGUACAUUUAAAUCCCUCAAAUUAGUAAAUGUAUAGUAUAAAUACCUGAAUUUUCCAUAUCUGUCUUCAUUGUAAUCAUGAAUUGUUCACUGUAUACAAAUACUGCUCUGUACAGUAACACCAUAUUGCAUAUUUUAAUGGGUAAUUAUGGCUGGGCUUGUGAGUUUGACCUGUUUUUCCCUGGAUGAACACCUAAAAAUAUUGUACAACUUUUACCAGAAAAGCAAAGGUUUCACUUAAAUUACAGCAGUCCAUGCCCUGUUGAAUAUUAUCAAAUAAAUUCUGUGCAACAAUGUG